AUUAGAACCUUCGAUCGAAAGUGUGGUUGUAUUGGGUUGCAUUUGUCUUACCGUACAUGUAAACAUCAGGAUAAAAGAAGGAUCAUGACGGCGGAAGAAAGUAAAGAGUACAUGGCGAAGACAGAGGUUCAUCAGCUUUUUGAGGGGAUGCUGACUGGCCUACUGUAUCACAAGCCAGAGGAUCAUUUGGCUUUUCUGGAAAACUGUAUCUGUCUUGCAAAAACAGAAAAGGGUAUUAAAUGGAACUCAUUCCUUGAUCUCAGCAAGAAGCCUCUACCACCCAUCCCAAAAACAGAUGGACCAAUCAAGUCAGAGGCUGGGGAUGAAAUCCGCACUUUUACUACUGAGCCAGAAAUGAAGCAGAAACCCCCUCUUCCUCCAAUCAGUAGUUCUGGUGCACGUCCAUCCAUUGAUGACGAUGACAAGGAGUUGACAGAAAGAAAUAUUUUGACAUCUGAGUCAGAAGAGGAGGUUGAGGUUGAAUUUUCUGGACAGAGGAUUGUGUAUGUCCUUGGGGGACCUGGAUCAGGCAAAGGAACACAAUGUACUAGAAUCGUUGAGGAAUUUGGCUACAUUCACUUAUCAGCUGGAGACCUGUUAAGACAAGAAGUGGCUAAGGGAAAUGAGCGAGGGCAAAUGAUUGAAGAUAUCAUGAAGGAGGGCAAACUUGUGCCUCAGGAAAUUACCAUUGAGCUGUUAAGAGAUGCUAUGAGACAACACAAGGAUUGUCCAGGAUUUCUUAUUGAUGGCUUUCCCAGAGAAAUUCAGCAAGGAUUGCAGUUUGAACAAGAGGUUGUAGAAAGCGAUUUCCUGCUUUUCUUUGAGUGCAGUGAAGAGAUCAUGCAAGAGAGGUUACUGAAGCGCAGUGAGACAAGCGGGCGCCCUGAUGACAACGUUGAAACAAUCCAAAAACGUUUUGCAACGUUCGUAGAAAAGACAUUGCCUGUUGUUGGUCAUUACGAGGAACUAAACAAACUUAACAGAAUUGAUGCAAAUCGUACUGUCGACGAGGUCUUCGCUGAUGUGCGAACUUUGUUUGGAGCUCUUCCCCCAAAAGAAGUUAAAAAAAUCAAGCGAAAGAAAAAGAAAGCCGCGGCCGAUGAAGAUGAAUACGAGUUUGUGGAGUUCUCAGGCCAGAGGAUAGUCUUUGUGUUAGGUGGCCCAGGUUCUGGUAAAGGAACUCAAUGCAAUCGUAUUGUGGAGAAGUUUGGCUACACUCACCUAUCAACUGGUGAUUUAUUGCGAGCCGAGAUUGAGAGUGGCGGUGAAAUGGGACAAAAACUUGCUCAAAUUAUGGAAGAAGGCAAUCUCGUUCCUCAGGAGAUUGUUAUACAACUUCUGAAGGUUGCCAUGCUGCGAUUCCCAGAUUCGCCUGGGUUCCUUAUUGAUGGAUUUCCUCGUGAAAUAGCGCAAGGCGUACGGUUUGAGGAAGAGAUUGCAGAGUGCCACUUUAUAUUGUUCUUCGAGUGUAGUGAAGAAGUAAUGGAAGAAAGACUCAUUAAACGAGGCGAGACGAGUGGACGGGUGGACGAUAACGCGGAGACCAUCAAGAAGAGAUUAAAAACAUUUGUGGAAAAAACUAUGCCAGUGCUAGAGAGUUACGGAGAGAAAAACAAAGUUAAAAGGGUUGACGCCUCACGCUCCGUGGAUGAGGUUUUUGUUGACGUGUGCACCAUCUUUGGAGACCUUCCCAAGCUUGAAAAGAAGAGAAGAAAGAAAGGUAAAAAGGCUGAGAGCGGAGAAGACUCGGAAUAUGACGAACUUGCCGAAGGUGUUGACGACUUGUCCCGCGUGGUGGAAGGAAAACCAAUAAAAUUAAGACGAAGGAAGAAAAAGAAGAAGGAAGACGAAGACGAAGAGCCGAAAACUCCAAUUUACGAAGAGCCGAUUGUCGCCGAAGAGUUUGUUCCUCUUCAGGACGACAGUAUCGCGAAAACCGAUGGGAAAGGACUGUUGAAUGUUAGAGUUGUAUUCGUCAUAGGUGGUCCUGGAUCUGGCAAGGGAACACAAUGUCAGCGUAUCGUGGAUACGUUUAAUUACACACACCUGUCGACUGGAGAUUUACUGAGACAAGAAGUUCAGUCUGGUUCUCCAAGAAGCAAGGAGUUGGUGCAAAUCAUGGAGAAAGGAGAGCUUAUUCCUACGAGAGUGAUUUUAGAAUUAUUGCGUGUCGCCAUGGUGGGCAUUCCAAACACUAAAGGAUUUAUUGUCGAUGGCUUUCCCAGAGAAAUGGAGCAGGGAAAAGAAUUUGAAAAUGAAAUCGCAUGCUGUGAGUUUAUGCUGUACUUUGAAUGUUCUCCCGAUACAAUGAAACGACGGCUCCUUGCACGAGGGGAAACGAGUGAACGUGUCGAUGACAACGAAGAAACGAUCGCCAAACGAUUAGAAACGUUCGAAAACCAGACGAAGCCUGUCAUUGAAUACUACGAGUCACAGAAUAAAGUGAAAAAGAUUUUGGCCGAGGGGUCUCCCGAUGAAGUUUUCGCUCAAGUUAGUAACAUCUUUGAACAUCUUCCUAAUCGGAAAUCAACGUCACUUCAUGACUAUGAUGUCACAUUUAUUACAGGUCCACCCGGUGUAGGGAAGGCAGACUUGGGUCGAACGCUAGCAGAGGCGACUGGUAGAACUCAUUUGUCGGUUGGUCACAUGUUAAGAGAGGAGGCGAAAAAGGACACAGAGGAGGCUCAGAUGAUCAACCAAUCCAUUCAGAUGGGAGUGUUAGUAGCUACGGACCUUGUUCUGGGAUUGCUGACAAGAAUGCUGGAGAAAGAAGAAAAGAAUCUGAAUGGAUACUGUAUAGAUGGCUACCCGCGAACAGAGGAGCAGCUUGAUCAGUUUAAACAAAAGGUGUCUGAUUACAACAGAAUCAUCGUGAUAGAGAGUAACGACGAGGAAAUUGACCGAGUGUUGAAAGAAAGGUCAGAAACGUCGGAGAGAGAAGACGAUACUGAAGAACUAUCGAAAACUAAAGUAGAUGUUUACAACGCAAACACACGAUCCAUGAUUGACAGUCUGGCAGACUCGAACAAAAUUGUAAAGGUUUCUGCGGCCAUACCAAGAGAGGAGGUUGUGGAGGACAUAAGAUUGAAACUAAUGGCAGUAACGGAGUUUUCCUCUUAAAUCAUUUCGUAGUAGCAAGUUGUGGUCAUUAUCAUGCGAUAUUCACAAAAACCAUACAGACAACGACGUUUAUAGCAGAGUUAUUCCAUACCCACCUUCAGCAUGAUUGCCUGAACUGUAAAAUAAACGUACUCCACGCCUGAAUCGUGCAUACCAUACUAUUUAUCAACGCAACUUUUCAAAACAGUGCGACUCUUGUGGAACGAAGUUCGGCAAACAACAAAAUAUGGGACUGUCGGGCAUUUUGACAGCUCGUUAUUCUGGAGUCUUACCCAUGGGCCUGAAAGCUUAAUUUAGAAAUGUUACUAAGUGAAGACUGACUUGCCGCCUCAUGCUGAUGUCAUACCAUUCAUUAUAAUCAUCAUUGAAAUUCAAUGUUGUAUAUACAUUUUUCGUGUCAACGUUUGGAAGGUCAGGCGAGGACCGUUCCAUGCAAUUCAGGGUAUAACAUAGAAAUGGUUCAACGGUAGAAAUAUAAUUCGUGGUCCCCGGCUUUAGCUGGAUCAGAAGCUUGCAAUGGAAGCAAUUGCGGAAAAUUUUGACCUGAAGCUGUAUCUAAUUGCACCCUGCUACCCCAUGGGUUCUACUGCAAACUCUUGUAUGGCCAGGCCAGAAAACGAUGUCUUUUUUCAAUUGCAUGUAUUUAAAUCAAAUGUACAUAGGGUUUCAGCCAGAAGAGUACUGAAAAAAGUGCUGCGACUGAAAAUAUGGUGUGUUAAAAUUUCAACGUAAACUCGUGUAAUACACUGAAGAUAAAAAAAGAUGAGAGUGGUCAUGAGUGACA